AUGGCGCGCACGGGCGGCGGCGGCGGCCUGCCGGUGCUCGUCACGGGCGCCUGCGGCCACCUGGGAGGCCACGUCGUCCGCAGGCUGGCGGGCCGCGGGCAGCGCGUGCUGGCGACGGACCGGUCGGAGGCCCCCGCAGAUCCGCAGGCGGCUUGGGGGCCCGAGGCAGCCCGCCUCGUCGAGUUCGUGCAGGCAGACCUGACCGACGGCUCGGCGAUGCAGGACCUGGCGGCCAGAUGUGGCGACGCCGUGCACGUGGGCGCCAUCCCUGGGCCGACCCGGCACCUGCCACCCGGGGUGGACCCGGCCUGCCUGCAGAAGAGCGCCAUCGGGCUCGAGGACCUGCCUGGUCUGGAGCUGCUCCGGCUGAACCUUCUGGGCACCGGGCUGCUUUUCGAGGCGCUUGCUGCCAGGCGCGAUGGCCGCCGGGUGGUGUUCUCGUCGUCGCUAUUCUCAAUGGGUUACUCGCACGACCCCGCUGAUUUCCGGCCGCAGUACCUGCCGCUGGACGAGGACCACCCCAUGCAGCCUCUCGAGCAUUAUGGCCUGAGCAAGGCCAUGGGCGAGGAGAUGGCGCGCAUGUUGGCUCGCGUUGGCGCGGUGCCCAGCAACGACGAUUGCCGCGGCCCCGAAGCGAAGCGUCCGCGCACCAGCGACGCACGUGGCGUGGGACCCUCCUUCGUGUGCCUCCGCUUUUCGAACAUCGUCAAGGCUGAGAGGUGGGACAAGCUCCCAUGGCCGGCACCGGAGAAUGGGGUCACUCCACUUCUGUGGGCAUACUGCCACGAGUCCGACGUCAUCGACGCGCACCUGCUGGCACUUGACGUGCCGCGUGAGGCGCUGGCAUCGUCGUGCGAGAGCUUCCUCCUGGUCGCGGACGACACUCGCUACGACAAGCCCACGUCCGAGCUGAUCUCUCAGCAGUGGGACCGUCCGCCGCCUCUGCGGCGGGCGCUUCCGGACCACAGCUCCAUAGUCUCGAACGACAAGGCCAAGCAGGUGCUCGGCUUCAGGCCUCGCAGCGUGCGCCCGCUCGCGAGCAGCGCCGAUGCUCCGCAGACCGGCCCAGGCAGAGGCGACCGCUCGUGGCACACGUUCAGGGCGCCCAGUGGCUUUGUACUGAGCAGCGGGGAGAUUCUGGACGACGGCUUUCUGGCCUAUCAGACGUACGGGGAGCUGAACACGGACGGCUCCAAUGCGGUCCUGCACCCGACAUCUUUCGAUGCGGUACACUGGGAGCUGGAGUAUAACAUCGGCCCAGGUCGGCUGCUGGAUACCAGCAAGUAUUUCGUCAUCGUCAUUAACCUGUUGGGGAAUGGGGUGUCCAUGUCGCCCUCGACCUGCGAGGCCAGGGCGACAUUCCCUGCCAAAGGAACGUCAAUGAGCGACAACGUCCGCCUUCAAGCACUCCUCCUCGACAAGUUGGGGGUUGGGCCCCUGGCGCUCAUCUACGGCUACUCCAUGGGAGCCAUGCAGGCUCUGCACUGGGGCGUCAUGUACCCGGACCGCGUGCAGCGGAUCGCUGCGGUCUGCGGCUCCGCGAGGGCGAGCGACUACAACGUGGUAUUUCUCGACAGCCUGCGGGCUGCGCUGCUGGCCGACCCGCACUGCGUGGAGGGCGCCGACGGGCGCCUGCUGCUGACUGGCCCCUGCCAUCGGGGCCUGAAAACCUUCGGCAGAAUCUAUGCUGGCUGGGGUGUGCCCAUGGAGUUCUACCGGCAGGAGCUGUGGAGGAAGAGCUCCCGAGAUGGGCAACCCUUCGCCAGCCGUGAGGACUUCGUCGUGCGCUCCUACGAGGGCGGCUUCGCGAGCGCGAACCCGCUCAACCUGCUCGCGCAGCUGCACACGUGGGCCACCGCCGACGUCUCCAAGGCGCACGGCAUGGCGGCGGGGUGCACGCUGGCCGAGGCCCUCGGUCGCGUUAGGGCGCGGGUGUACCUCAUGCCCUGCACGACCGACGCGUACUUCACGGUCGCGGAGACCAAGGUGGAGGCGUCGUCGCUUCCCAACUGCAGGUUCUGGCCGCUGGAGUCCGACUGGGGGCACCGGGCAGGGGACCCCCACAGGCCUGGGCAGGAGGCCGACGCGGCCGCGCUGGCCUCGAGGGUGGCGGAGCUGCUGGCGGAGCCGACGCCCUGCUAG